AUCAUCUAAACAAAGAAAAAAAAAUCUAAUUCUAAAACAAAUAAACUUUAAUUUUCUAUGUGUAAUCAAAUAGUAUAAAACAAUUAAACACCUAAAUACAUUUGUGAUGCUUUAAAUUAUACUGAGAUUAUAAAUUUUUUCACGUUCUUAAAAAAUAAACGAAAAACACGAUAGUAAACGAAAUAAAUGCAGACUAAAACAUUCAAACACGUUUUAUAACCAGCCAUUCAAGAAGCUAUGAUAUUCAACUUAAAGCACUCUAACGUUACGAGAUGACUCCCCAACCGGAAACAUCAGGCCUUCCGAUGAAGACAGCUCCGUGGGAUCCACGUUUUCCAAACCAAAAUCAGACCAAAUACUGCUUCCAGAGCUAUCUGGAUUUCCACCGCUGCGAGAAAAUCAAGGGUCAGGGCGACAGCGUUUGUCAAUAUUUCAAGGAUGUGUUCAAUGAUAUCUGUCCGAACGCUUGGAUUGAGAAAUGGGACAAUCAACGGGAGGCAGGAACAUUCCCUGGUAAAAUCUAAUGAGGCUACCCUGCACGGAAAACUAGGCUCGUUAAAUUUACGGAGUGCAUUUAGAACAUAAUAUAAUUGACAUUACUGUUAUA